ACGGAAACCUUAAGUCAAAUAAUUAACACAAUGCCUCAAGGAACUCAGUCUUAUUGAAACCACAAGAAAAAGUUAAAAUGGAAACUUUUUUGACGCUGUGCUUUGUAACAGUGACAGUUCUGGGACUUUUUGGAAAGGAGUCCACAAACAACUGUGAUAGCACAAAUGGAACCAUAUGUUGCUCUGGGUACAUGUGGGAUUCCUUUAAAGAACAAUGCAUACCUUGUAAAGAAGGAUACACAGGAAAAAACUGUGCACUUGCAUGUCCCUUCCCUUCAUAUGGACUAAACUGUCAAUCGGCAUGUGAUUGUAGUGAUGAAGACUGUAAUUAUGUCACUGGCUGUAGACAUCAUGCUAGAGGUGUAUUAGAUGUUACAACAGAAAAACUAUCAAGUUAUAACGAAUCAGUCUACAAUACUCCAAACAUUACUGCAAAAUGGGAACCAUCUGUCAACAAUCGUUCCUUUUUAUUUUCAAUGAUUGUGGUUAUUGCAGUGCUCAUCAUCAUAUUUGCUAUUUUUCUUUACACUCAGCUAUUUGAGAAGCGAUGGGUGAUUUCUAAUUUAUGA